AUGAAUAUUUUUGAAACACGUCAUUUUCGAGAAUUCAAAGUCGUGCUUACUGUCCUAGGACUGUGGCCUCCCCAGCCGCCUCUUCAGCGAAAUUGCGCGCGAUUUUUUGUAAUUUUAGCUAUUUUAAGUAUAUUGACCGUCAAGGUAAUUUUUUUUAACUUGAAAAUUAUAAACUUCAAAAACAUUAAAAAUUUUGUUGCAAUAGUUCAUCUUGUAAGUUUGACAAAGUAUUUAAACUGGAUCUUCAAUGCUGACAAGCUCAAAAAAAUAUUCAUCCAUAUCGAACGCGACGGCAAGACUUUGGAAGUGAGCAAAGACGUCGAGAUCAUGGAAAGUUGGAUGAACCGAAUUCGACUCAGCAGCGCUUCUUAUGCAAGUAUCAUAUUCACUAUUUUGGGGAUAUUUUUCCUCGCACCAGCAGUGCCCAAAAUUUUGGACAUUGCCGUUCCUCUGAAUGAGUCUCGGCCUUUGGUAAUGCUGUACCAAACUGAGUACUUCGUUGAUGAAGAAGAAUACUACAUUUAUAUACUGCUGCAUGCGUAUAUGUCAGUGUCAGUUUCCAUUAUUAUUCUUGUGUAUUUCGACGUUCUUCUCGGCACGCAUGUUCAUCAUGCUUGUGCAAUGUUUACCAUACUCAGAUCAUAUUUGGAAACGAUUCACCUCGAUAUUUGUAAAGCUACAGAUUCCAAAAAAUCUGAAAUGCUUAAGCGGAAAAUUAUCGAUUGUAUUAAAAUUCAUAAAAAUACUCUUGAAUUUGCCGACGAAUUGGAAGCAUCUUACAGUACUGCUUGGUUUAUUAUGUUAACAUUGUGUACUUUUGUAAUUACACUUACCGGGACUGUGGCAGUUAUGAAACUCGACAAUCCAAUGGAAGCAACAAAAUUCGUCUCAUUUUCACUAGGCAACGUUUGCCACCUCUAUUACACAACUUUCCAGGCUCAGAUGAUCAUAGAAGAAAGUGAAGCAGUUUUUUAUUCAGUUUACUUUUCUGAUUGGUACGAUUUCCCUCCAAAGUACCAGCGACUUUUGAUCCCCAUUAUGAUGAGAAGUAAGACUCCUUGCAGCAUAUCCGCAGGAAGCAUAUUUGUCCUGUCGAUGGAUUUAUUCAGCUCCGUAAUCCAAAAAGCGAUGUCUUUUUUUACACUCAUAUCUUCAAUGCGUUGA